AAAAAAUCUCGUAGUGAUAAGGUGUGAAUAAUGAAAAGAGGACCAAUUUCUAACACAGAGUUUGAAUUUGAAGCCACACCAACAAUGGCGAUUUCAACUUCGGAGUGUUCAUUGGCUUCCAUUAACAAUUGCAGAAAGCCCCACAAGUACAAUUUCACAUCAGUUUACAAAUCGCUUUCUUUUCUCUCUGUUUCAUACACCAAUUCAAGCGUUCUCCAUGUGAGCUGCUCCACCACUUGCUCUUCUGAUCACCAAGUGCUCGAAGAAACACCCACCGAUUUGCCAGUAGUGCAGCUGGAUUUCACAUUCCAAGAAUCUCAACAGGUUCAUCAAGAUCAGAGUUCCAAGAAUUUAAACGAAACUCUAUGUGGGUUAUUACAGAAUCCUCAGACUGAAAAACUGGCAUUUGAGUAUUACAAGAAAGCCAGAGAAAACCCAGAAUUCAGGCCUGAAAGGUCAAUGUUAAGGCUUCUAUUCAGGUACUUGGAACAAUCAAAGAACUGGGAUUUGAUUUUGUUAGUUUUUAAGGAUUUGGAGAGUUAUCAUGUUCUGCCAGAUGCUUAUACCUGUUCAGGAUUGAUUACUAGUUGUAUUUCAGCAAGAAAGUUUAGGGUUUUACAGGGGUUACUCGAUGUUGUUCAAUUUGAUAGUACUAUUGCAAUUUUGGCAUUUGAUUCUGCAAUGAAAGGCUACAACAAGCUACAUAUGUUCAAGUGCACUAUCGAUGUGUACGAUAGAAUGAACUCGGCUGGAAUUUUUCCUAAUUCUGAGUGUUAUUGCCAGAUAAUGCAAGCUUGUGGAAAAAUUGGUGACAGUGAGAGAGUUGUGCAAUUGUUUUGUGAAUGUCAAAGUAGAAAGUUAGAGACAUCACCCUCAGUUUCAAGGAAGAUGUAUAAAAUACUGAUUGAUUCAUUAGGGAAAUCGGGUCGAGCCUUUGAAGCUCUUGAGUACUUCAGAGAUAUGACAAAGAAAGGGAUUGUGGGGGACUCUUUUGUUUAUUCCUCAUUGAUAUGUUCUUUUGCAAGAAAAAGAGAAGUAAAAAUUGCAGAAGAGCUCUUCAGAGAAGCAGGAGAGAAGAGAAUGUUACGGGAUCCGGAGUUGUUUUUGAAGCUAGUGCUGAUGUAUAUUGAAGAUGGACUAAUGGAGAAAACUCUUGAAGUGGCCAGGGCAAUGAGAAUGGCAAAUUUAAAGGUCUCUGAUUGCAUAUUUUGUACAAUUGUGAAUGGCUACUCGAAAAGGAGAGGGUUUCGGGUCGCAAUUAGGGUUUACGAGAAACUGGUCUCGGAGGGUUUCAAACCAGGACAAGUGACUUAUGCAUCGAUCAUUAAUGCCCAUUGCCAAAUUGGGCUUUAUUCAGAAGCUGAAAUGUUGUUUUCAGAGAUGACACAAAAGGGUUUUGAUAAAUGUGUUGUUGCAUACUCUAGUAUGGUUGCAAUGUAUGGCAAGACAGGGAGGUUAAAUGAUGCAAUGAAGCUAGUUGCCAAAAUGAAAGCCAGAGGUUGUCAGCCAAAUGUGUGGAUUUACAAUUCUCUAAUGGAUAUGCAUGGGAGAGCGAAGAAUUUCAGACAAGUCGAGAAGCUAUGGAAGGAAAUGAAGCGACGAAAGGUUGCGCCCGAUAAGGUCAGCUACACUACCAUUAUAAGUGCAUAUAACUGGUCUAGGGAGUAUGACAUGUGUGUGAGAUACUACCAGGAGUACAGGAUCAAUGGAGGUACCAUAGAUAAGGCUAUGGCCGGAAUCAUGAUUGGUAUUUUCUCUAAGAUAAGCCGGAUUGAUGAAUUGGUGAAGCUUCUUCAGGAUAUGAGAUCGGAAGGGACACCAUUAGAUGGGAGACUUUACUGGUCUGCUUCCAAUGCUUUGAGGGAUGCAGGGCUUGAAAAUCAAGCCAAAUGGUUGCAAGAGAACUUGGGGGCUCGUGUGACAUCAAGACAGGUUCUAUGCUAGCUUCUUCAAUCAUUCAAAAUGUAACCUGUACAGUUCAUUACUAGUUGAAGAAAGGAUUCAUUGAAUUAUUAUCGACUUUGGAUCAAAUUUCUUGGUCAAAGUUCUCUUCUGCAUACCGGUGGCUGUGUUUAGGCCAAAGUUGUUUUAUUUUCUAAUUCUCUUUCAUUUUUACAUGUUGGAUUUUGUCUCAGUGGUAGGUGAAGUUGUUAUUUAAUUCUUAUAGGUGAUCUAGAUCCAGGUCUAAAGGGCCGCAUCCCUUAUGGGUUGCAUUUUUUGUUAGUUCGAGUAUACGUUUGUAUUAAUGUCAAUGAAUCAAUUAUGUGCUUAUAUUUUUGGGUUGUACUAUUUUUACCACCAU